CAAGAAUUUUUGUUAACUCUGAAGCAGUUAUGUCCCUAAUUGAAAUUUGAGAACCAUUGUUUGAAUAUCAAAUUGUGGAUUUUUUUAUCAUAAUAAAUGUGCUGCAUAAUUUGAUUCCUUGAAUUUUGGAGGACAUUGGAAAUGAGAGUUAAAAUUACUGGCAUUAAUAACAAUUAGAUGUGGCAUAAUGUUCUUAAUGGAUGUUGCGGCAGGGAUGUAUGGCAUAUAUAAACAAUGUUGGAACAUUCAGUUCUUCAGAAAUAGAAGGACCAUAAAACCUUUAUAGCACUGGCCUGAGGUGUUGUAGUUUAGCUCUUUAGAAUUCCUUGGAAAUAAAUUGAAGUAAUUGUCUUUUGUCCUCAUGAGUCUUUUUAUCUAAAGCUGAGCCAGUGAUUUUCAUUAUUAGAUAUAAUUUCUUCUGAGAAUUCAGCUGAAUUUGAACUAAAUAGGUCGGCGUUCAUAACUUUUUUUUGUUUGUUUAUUCAAUAUCUAUUAAAAUCAAACUUUUCAGAUAACUAUUUCAUAAAGUUUAAUAGUUUUUGAAAUGCAUGGUCAAGUGAAUAACUCAAUGUUAUAGAUAUUUUCUUCUUUGAAAAAAAAGAGACAUAGAAUAUCUUCACCUGUUUAAAUAAAUACACACCGCCUAUCAGGGAAUGGUAAAAUUUGUUUUGCAGUUUCAAUGGAACCUUUCAGUCAUUCAUUCUAGGACAAUUUGAACAGUUCGUCACCAAGGAUGGACAUGUUUGUCAGAACCCCCAAGUGAUUAAGUGAAGUGCAUGAGCCUGGAUCUGAUUGUUGAGCAAAGAGAUUGUUUUUAUGUUUCCAUCAUCUGGUUACAAUACAAAUCGAUAGUUGAAUCCAAAGCAGAGUAGAAGGUUAGAAAUUAGAACAAAUAACAAAAAAAAAUAAAUUGAUUGUCUUCCUCAGAUUUCUCACAGAAGUACUGAAGCCACUGGUGAAGACUGAAUUCCAGUUGUUGUACAUUUAUCAUCUUGUUGGUCCUUUUCUGCAACGGUUCCAGCAAGAAAGAACCCGAUGUAUGCUUGAGAUUGGCAUUGCAUUUUACGAGAUGUUACAGAAUGUAGACCAAAACACAAAGCACCUGAGCUAUAUGGAUCCUAUUUGUGAUUUUCUGUACCAUGUAAAAUACAUGUUUACUGGAGACAGCGUUAAAGAUCAGGUGGAAAAAAUAAUCUGUACGCUAAGGCCAGCUUUAAAACUUCGAUUGCGAUUUGUGACUCAUAUAAGUAAGGUGGAGCCAGCAGCGGCAGUACAACCAGCAAGCAGUGCCUCUCCAGCUAACCCUUCCAGCCAGGUGUCCACUGGUGUCGCCCUACCAGUAACACAAUAAAAUAAUUUGGUAGCAUUUUGUCAGGAGUUCUAAUACUGUGAAGUAAAAAAGAAUGGUGUGUAUUUAAGGCAGAAUCCUUCUUUAAGACAUUUUUAAAAUAUUGUACAUACUGUCUAUUGGAUGAUACAAGUAAUGCAAAUAGAGAAAAUUAGCUGUAAACAAUGUGCCAUAGUUAUGUCUUGUUCUUCGAUGGUUAGAAUCGCUGUGUACCACUUCAGUCAAAAAUGAACUGCUACAGUAAUGUGUAAUAAGUCAUCCCCUUAGUUCAACUGAUUUUGAACAUAGUAUUUCACACAAUAAACCAAAUAGUACUAAAUGCGCAAUCAUAGAAAUCUGUUGGUGACACCUUUCAUUUGUUUUUCUUUAUACCAUGCAGUAUGUUUAUUUAGACUGAAGAGAACUUUUACGGUUUUAUUCUGCAAGUUCUAUUGCAAUUAGUUUGUAUAAUUUAGUUCAAACUGUAAUAUCUAGAUUUUUGACUGAAAUCAUAUGAAAUAAUCUACUUGUCAAAAGAACGCAGUUGAAGUGAUGUGUACCUUUUCAAAACGCCCAAUAAAGCUUUAAUUUGUUAAUUAA